AUGGAGGACUCAUGUUUAUUCAUCACUGUCGAAGCGGAAAGGAACCAAGAAUCACUCCGAAAAUGGCUGUCCAUUGCAAAAGAAAGAAAGACGACGACGAAAGGAGCUCAACAUUUCUCGUUGAAGGCGAAGAAGCAUCUCUCUGCUCUCGGUUGGCGUUUCGCUUACGUUAGCAAAGGGACGUCACGAGAGCUGCGCUACAAAUCUCCCGAGGGUAAAUGGUUUAACUCUUUAGUUACAGCUUGUGGUGCUUGUCUCGAAGAUGAAGACGACGACGACUCGAGUACUCAAGAACAAGAUGAUAACCUAGAAGCGCCUGCUUCCGGUGGUGUACCGAAGAAGAAGAGAACGAAGGUUUGUGAUACGGCGCCGUUUAAUGGGGACAAGAACCGCUCUUCUCACUUGGCCAAGAAGAUUCUCAACGAACAGGCCGAGAAGGCGUCCGAUGAGGCUGAGCUAACGCCAAAGCCAAGGUUUGGGAAAUCGAAGAGGACGAACUGUGAUGUGUGUUGUGUUUGUCAUCUUGGUGGAGAUGAUUUGCUUCGAUGCAAUGGUUGUCCUUCGGCAUUUCACCCUGCUUGCUGGUCGAUUGCUCCCGAUGAACAGGAUUGGUUCUUCUGUACUUGUUGCUUCUGCGAUAUCUGCAAUCAAAGGAGAACGCCAGGAACCAGCAUGUUAUUGACUUGUGAGCAAUGCCAUAGAAGAUGCCAUCGAAAUUGUCUUGAACCACCUGAGCCUUUAAUUGAUUUGCCAUGGUUCUGUAGUUCACAAUGCAGCAGUGUCUUUUCCGCGCUUCAGAAACUCCAAGGAACUAAGAUUGCAUUAGUAGGCGACGAGGGUUUGGUCUGGAGUUUGAUGAGAGUUCCUAAUGACGGUGAACAACAGCUGGAUUCUGCUGUUAAGAUGCUUCAACGCUCGUUUAAGCCUACACCAGACCGUUUCUCUGGGAGAGAUCUUGUUGAGGAAUUGAUAUUCAGCAAAGACUCAGAUGGCGCGGGACGCACGUUUUACACGGUUUCAAUUGAGAGGAAUAAUAACCCUAUCAUUGUGGUGGCAAUGAGAGUUGGCAAAGAUGUAGCUGAGAUCCCUUUGUUGGCGACACUGACUAGAGAUUCUUAUGACAGGAUAAGUAGCAUGUGUAGAGCACUUAUGGAUGAGUUGGAGAAGCAAAUGUCUGAAAUUGGAGUUCGUAGAUUGGUCUUACCGGCUUUGGCAGAUGAUGUGAACACUUGGACUCAGCAGUUUGGGUUUUCACAUAUGGAAAGUUUUGAGAGGUUGGAGCUUCUGAAACAUGGAUUGUUUGAUUUUGUUGGUACUGUAAUGUGCCAUAAGUUUCUGAAGGGAAGAGAAGAGCAAGGAGAGCCAAGCCCAACCGAGUAAACGG